CCAGAUGUGAUUUGACGAAAUAGACGAACAAAUGGCUGUGGAUUCCAGAGCCAGCAAGUAAUUAGCAAUCUUCUUCCCUUGACUCCAAACAUUUGGGCUGGGAAACGAUUCUUAUCUUGUUUGAUAUCCCUGCACAAACAGGAAGUUCAGUCCUGACAACUAGUUAGUGGGUGUGCUGCCUGUGAUAACCGCCUUACCUCCCUUACUCCGCUCCAAAAUCCUAUUCUUUGGAUGGUGCAACCAGUCCGCAGGAGGGAGAUAUUUUGACUGCGAGAGAGAUUGGAAUCCAUCUUGAUUCGUUUCUCCCAAACGUGACUUUUGUAGCGCUUGCAUUUUGCAGCGUCUCUGUGUUUCCCUUGAUCGUCAUUGUGGAAGACAGCAGCAGGUUAUCCCCUGCAAUAUGCUGUUAAGUCUAUUGGUCUUUCUGUUUCUCUGCAAUUGAGCUUUUGAGCCUACACCAGAAGCUGUCAAAAGCUAUCAAAAUGGGGCUUGGCAUAUUGGAUGCCAAACAGCAUCCAGUUCCCGGAACCAUCGAUAUCCUCGAGAAAGAACGCUCAGGGGAUCAACCAGUUCUCCACUCACACCUGAAGUAUGACCGCACAGGAUCGAUACCUUUACUUCUCGUCCCACAGCCGACUGAUGACCCAAAUGAUCCGUUGAACUGGCCGUUAUGGAAACGCGAUCUAACCCUCUUCGCACUCUCUUUCGUUGCGGUUCUUUGCGCUACAACAACCUCGCUCAUGGCAGCUAGUACAGUGGCCUACUCCAGAUACUACGAGAAGAGCUUUAAAGAUAUAGCGCUGCUUACUGGAUAUCAUUUGUGCGGAGUGGGAGUUGCAGGUAUUCUUAUUGUCCCGACGGCACGAGUCUGGGGAAAACGCCACCUCUUUCUUCUCGGACAUAUCUUGAUGAUUAUUAGCUGUGCUUGGGCUGGGGGCAGUGGCCACAACUACAAUAGCCUCUUGUGGGCUCGCAUAUUCCAAGGUGUUGCUUUGGCACCGUUUGAAGCUUUGGUCAAUGCGGUUGUUGGUGACCUGUACUUUGUGCAUGAACGAGGGAAAAGAAUGGCCCUCUCUAAUGUCGCCUUAUUCGGUGCUGCCUUCCUCACGCCAGUUGCAGCAGGUAAAAUGACCAAGACGAUUGGAUGGCAGUGGACUUUUUAUUUUGUUGCAAUUUUUGCGGCGGCUGCUUUGCCUCUUACUAUUUUCCUGGUUCCAGAAACAGCCUUCAAGCGCCCUGAUAGCCUCGACACUGAUUUCGAGUUCCCUGAUGACCAAGAAAGGAGCACACUAGGAUCUCGAUCACAGUUAGAUAGGCCCGUGCGACCUGAAGGAAAGGAUAGCAUGGAAGAACCGAAGACGGCUGCUACCACGGAAGGGGAGUCCCCGACAGAAUCCCCCCGAGAAGACAUGUUGAGACAAACGAGGGCUUCGGCCAAAUUUUCGUUCAUUCAAACGCUGCAGCCUUUCAAUGGGCGAAAAACAGACGAGCCAUGGUGGAAACUUGUCCUGCGGCCGUUCCCACUCUUCCUUCAUCCCGCAGUUCUCUGGGCAUGCUUAAUCCAAGGAGUUAUUAUCGGAUGGACCGUCUUCAUCGGCGUUACCCUAGCCGCGAUUUUCAUGAGCUAUCCACUGUGGUUCGACGAGGAACAGACCGGGUACCUGUAUACGGGUGCAUUUAUCGGAGCCAUGAUUGGGCUGGUUCUCUCAGGUCUGCUUUCCGAUUCUAUCAAUCGCUUCAUGAUCAAACUCAACAAGGGGAGAUACGAGCCCGAGUUCCGAAUUCUCCUGGUUGUCUUCCAGCUUGUCUUCUGCGGAAUCGGCAUGUACGGCUUUGGUAUAACGGGUAACGAUGUUCAACGCUACCGCUGGCUUCUUCCCGAGGUAUUUUUUGUUUUCAUUAUCAUAGGGAUGGUCAUGGGUGCAGUAGCUAGUGCGUUAUACAUCGUUGAUGCGCAUCGAAAUAUGGUUAUUGAGGCUUUCACAUGCAUGCUCAUAUUUAAGAACAUGUUCAGCUUCAUCUUAUGCUUUUACACCUAUGACUGGCUGGUGAAACAUGGCAUCAAAGGGCCGUUCAUGGCUAUCUCCAGCAUCCAGGUGGGAGUCUGUGCGUUAAGCCUCCCGAUGUAUGUUUUUGGCAAAUGGAACCGGUCUUUCUUCUCCCGGUAUGAUAUUCUGAAGAUUCUAGGACUGUGGUAAAAUUGGAUCCAGUACCUUGGCGGCAGACAUGAUAUGAUAUAUAUACAAAUCCAGGAACUUUUAAUAAACGUUGUAUUUUUAUUUUUUUACUUUUAGACUCCGACUAUAUCCAAAGUUUGGCGCAUGAUUCUGCAGGUGGUGGUGGUGGUGGUACUAGGAAUGUACUACCUAUGUAUAGGCUGAAGGAGUGGUCUAGAACCCACAGAUCUCGACUCGAAUCAGUUGCAUAUAUUCCGAUCGUACCUGUUUCACACAGCACAAUCUGACAUAUCAUAUUAUAUUACUAACUAACUAUAUUCCAUUUAGUUUAAUAUAUC